AUGAUGAAUGUAGAUUAUUCCAACAAUAAUAAUAGCAAUAAUAAUCAUAAUAAUCAUAAACCUUCAAGCUCGACUCAAAACAUGACUUCAAAUAAUAUCCCUAAAAUUGAUACUUCAAACAAUACCACGUUUGGAAUGAUGGAGAUGUUACCGGAUAUAUUGGACUUUAAUAUUUUUAAUAACAUGCCAAACCAUAAUACUAAUUCAACUCAUAUUGAACAAAUUCAUCAAAAAAAUUUAACAACGAUUAAUGAAAACGUUCAAACGCCAAUAAUGCAAACUGCACCCAUAGAUAUCGUGUCAAACCAUAUUAAUGGUAAUCAUAUUCCAAAUCCCGAUUGGGGGACUAUGGAUUUAACAGAUUUAUUGAUGACUCCAAAUACUAAUCUAGAUGAUGAUGAUAAUAAUAAUAGCAGUAAUCUAUCGAAUAAUAAUAUUCAUUCAAAUUCGUUCACUUCUCAUCAACAAUCUUUACCUAAUAGACAUGAUUUCGAGAAUUUAAUUAAUUCUGUUCCAAAUAAUUUUUUAAAUAAUAAUCAUUCUCAAACUAAUAUUAGAAACCCCAGUAAUACUACCACUUCUACUACUACUACUAUUACUACUACUCUGAACCAUAAUAAUAAUAAUACAUCUGUUAAUAAUAUAAACAAUUUAAAUUAUAAUUUAAACAAUAAUAAUUUCUUGGAUGUUUCAAAUUCGUUACCUUCAAGGCAAAUCUCAGAUAAUCAAAUGUUAGAGUUUAUUCGUCACUAUAGAAGUAAUAAUCAGAAUAAUAAUUCAAAUUCAAAUAGUCCGGCUCACUUCAAUAAUAAUACUAACAAUAAUAAUGCUAAUAAUAAUAACAAUAAUAAAUAUAAUUCUAUCUCUUAUAAUUCAAGAGCUACUUAUGAAGAAGAUAUCUCUUUAUCGUUAGACUCGUUACCUACAGGUACCGGUAUGAUGAAUUAUAACACUACUACCACCACUAAUCAUCAUAAUAAUAUUUAUUCUAAUGGGAAUAAUAAUAGUUUUUCGAAUAAUAACAUUAAUAAUAUUACUAACAAUAGUAAUUCUAAUAAUAGCAAUUCCAAUAAUAAUAAUAGUUAUGGAAAUUUCAACAAUUAUAGUAGUAGUUUUAGUAAUAGCUAUAAUAAUUCCAUAUCAACACCAAAUUCCAUUAGGAAAAAUACAAUCAUUAAACAAAUAUCUUCUAGUUCAUUAAGUGGUGGCUUUAAAAAGGCAAGUUUAACAACUUCGAUAGAUUUAAAUAGAAAGCAACAAAUUGUUUGUGGUAAUUGCAAAACUACAAAGACUCCACUUUGGAGAAGAGAUAAUGAUGGUAAUACCCUUUGUAAUGCUUGUGGUCUUUUCCAAAAAUUGCAUGGUAUCUCAAGACCUUUAUCAAUGAAAACUGAUGUUAUAAAAAGAAGAAAUGCUAAAAAGAGAUCAAAGAAAAAUUCAAUAUCAAUACCAAAAUCAGAUUAUACAAUUAAUGAAAAUACAAAUAAUGAAGAUCCAAAUAAUCAAAAUUCAAUUACACCAACAGGUAAUUCUUCUACAUCAACACUUUCUACACCUAUUGAAGAUGAUUCGAAUAAAGUCGUUAAAUCUGCAAAUUCCUCUUCAACAUCAUCAUCACAAAUGUCAACUAUGAUACCAUCUUCAACCUCUCCUUCGUCCGCUUCUAAAAGUAAUUCAAAUCAUUUUGUAGAUUUAAUGCCAAAACCUUCUUCGCAAUUAGCAUUACAACCUACAGUUUCUACUCAAAGUGUAUCAACCACUUUUACCCCUCAUAAUUCUUCUAACUUAACUCAAUCGUUAAAUAAUUCUACAAGUUUACCAAAUAAGAAGAUUUCGACAACUACAAUUAAAAAAUCAAGAAAAAAUAGUAACUCUUCUUCAAAUUCAGUGAGAGGAAUGAUUCCAAUCUUACCAAAACCUUCUGCAAAUUCAUCUCAAGCACCAUUUGUAUUAAACUUACCAAAAUCAAGAAGUACUUCAGUCAUAAAUACUACAACAAGUAAUAAUAUAUCUACAUCUAUACCCUACAACAAUACUAAUAAUAUGAUGAUAAAUAACGGCAGUUAUCAAAAUAAAAGCAUGUUAUCGACAUCUGCUUCAGCAGAUCAAGGUAUAUCAAUUCCACGUCAAAGAGUUUCGAGAAAUUCUUCUUCUUCUUCGAAUGGUUCUAACUCUUUUCAAAAUAGUCAAUGGGCAAAAAUUCAUGAAAAUGAUUCUGUUUCAUCUACAACUACUACAUCCGGUGAUUGGAAACAAAAUAUAUAUUCUUCAAAGACAGAUCUCGAUAUGUUAAAUGGUAUCAAUGAACAUCAAGCGUUUGAUAUUUCUUCACAAUCUGAAUCUCAAGUGUCUGCGUCAACAAUGACGCCAAAUAUUGGGUCUGAGAACAAUUCAAGAACCUCUCUAUUAUCACAACAAUUACAAAAAUCAAAUAAUAAUAAUAAUAAUAAUACUAAUAAUAAUAAUAAUAAUAAUAAUCAUAAUAAUAAUAAUAAUAAUAAUAAUAAUAAUAAUAUUGAUAAUAAUAAUAAUGGUAAUAAUAGUAAUAAUAAUAAAAUAUCUUCGAAUACUACCAACUUUGAUGCAAAAAGUAAUGCAACUUUAUCACAAAGUCAACAAAGUUUGGAUGAAAACUUGCUUCAAUCUAAUCCUGAUUUAUUAUUGUUGAAUUUAAAUAACCCAUCUGUAAAUAUAAAGAAGUCUGCUGCAUCUUUUGCUGGCUCUCCACGACACAGUUAUACUGGUAUUAUUCAACAGCAGAGAGGAUAUGUUGGCUCACGGGAACCAGGACCGAAUAGUAUAACUAGACAAAAUUCAUUUACUAUGCAAUUACAACAAGAAAAUUCUCUACCAAAGAGAAAUAACGUAUUCCGGACUAGUUCUUUUACUAAUACAAACAGUUUUUUAACAAAAGGAAUAAUGAAUAACAACAAUAGCGUUACUAGUAAUAUUAAUUCACAGGUAGAGAAUUCUAAUACAAAUAAUAAUUCAUUUGUCACUGAUUUUGUCAAUAGUCCAGUGGCAUUUUCAUCUAGUAAUAAUAUUUUUAAUUCAGCAUCGAAUGAUACCCCUAAUUUUGGCAAUCCUUCCAAUUCAAAUAAUAUUGGUAACAAUAACAAUAAUAUAAACAAUACCAAUGACAAUGAAAUUUCAACUGGUUUAGAAUGGCUCAAAUACGAGAUUUAA